AUGGAAGAAAACCUAACAGCAGUGACAGAGUUUAUCUUUCUGGGCUUCUCAGACCUCCAGCAUCUGCAGCCCCUUCUUUUUGUCCUCAUCUUACUCAUCUACCUCUUCACACUGAUAGGAAAUGGCCUCAUUAUCGCUGUCACGGUUGCUGACCUGGCCCUCCACACCCCCAUGUAUUUCUUCCUCAGGAACUUGUCAGUCUUGGAGAUCUGCUACACUUCAGUGGUCAUCCCUAAGACCUUGACCAACCUCCUGUCAGAGAAGCAGGCUAUCUCUUUCCUGGGCUGUGCAGUCCAGAUGUACUUCUAUCUUUUCUUUGGCAGCACAGAGUGUGGCCUGCUGACUGUUAUGUCCUAUGACCGGUACGUUGCCAUAUGCAACCCCAUGAAUUACUCAGUCAUCAUGAGCAGAAAGGUCACCCUAAGCUUGGCAGCUAUGGUGUGGAUCGUGGGUAAGUUGGUGGCAUGUGAGCAAACGGCAGCCAUAUUCACGUUACCCUUCCAUGGGCCGAAUAAAAUCAACCACUUCUUCUGCGACGUCCUCCCUGUGCUUAGGCUGGUGAGCACGGACAAAUCGCUCAUCAAUGCCAUUCUUUCCUUUCUCACUAUAGUGUUCACAGUAGUCCCCUUAAUCUUAAUUAUCACCUCCUAUGCAAGCAUCAUCUGCACCAUUCUGAAGAUGCACUCAGGCGAGGGGAGACACAAAGCUUUCUCCGCUUGCUCUUCACACCUAAUCACAGUCAUCUUAUUCUACUGCAGCGCCUUUAUCACCUACAUGAGGCCCAGUUCCAAUGUCUCUGUGGACACCGAUCGAGCCCUCGCCCUGUUGUACACGGUCAUUAUUCCAACAUUCAACCCAAUCAUAUACAGUCUGAGGAACAAAGAAGUCAAGGAGGCUCUGAGGAAAUUCUUGACCAGGAGUAACAUUUCUUUGUUCUCAUAA